UGUCGCUUGGCUGGAACUGUAUCGUCUGCUUGUUGUUCUUCAGCGGUUGAGUGGAGGAGGUGGGUGGUAUAUAUCGUAAACUAGCUGGCCACCCCGCAAGAGCCGAGGAUGUUUCGAACGUUCAGUUCAACGUCAGAGUAAAGUCAAACUCACAAAACCUCACGAUACUUGCUUUCCCACGCAAGAUUUCCGGGACUGCCCAAAUCCCACGAAACACCACUUAAUCACAACACCCUUACUCAUCAUCCUGUCACAGAGGGCACCGACUCUCUUUCGAACCCCCAAUUCGAUGACAGCCAAGAUGGACGUUGCCACGCUCGUGGCGCAGAUGAACGAGGCCCUCGCGUCGAUCCACUCGACGAUUGAGGGUCUGUCGACAUCUGCGGCCGAGAGCGACACAAAGCUCGACGAGCUCGAGCAGAAGCGCGACAUGACGAUCGCAGAGCUGAAAGCGGCUUACGAAAAAGAGCGAGAAGAGCUCGCGGCCGCGCACCAGAAAGAGCUGGAAGAUAUUGCCGAGCAAAGGCGAAAAGAAGACGAGGAGCGAGAAGCCCGUCGCCGGCGGGAAGACGAGGAGCUCGCGGCUCGCAAGGCCAAGGAAGACGAGGAGAAGCAAGGCACUUUUGAUACCACUACCCGUAAUGUCGAAGACGAGAUGGACGACCUCAUGGACAGCAUUGAGGAAGAGACGGCCAAGACGAUUUCUGAGGGCGAAGCAAAGUUGGCAGAACUCGAGGCGAAGAGAACGGAACUCAAUCGUAUGAUCGAGGAGCAGAUGAAGGCCGCGGUGCCUCCCGUGCCGACGCGAAAACGCGCGAGAACAGGGCGGCGAUCCGGCGCGGUACCAUCCGCGGAACCGUCUCCGUUACCUCCGCCAGAAACUCCAGCCGAACCGGCUGCAGGGGACAAGAGCAUAGACGAGGAGAAGCCCGCCGAGAACGGUGUCGCGCCCGAAGAGAAGGCCGAGGAUACUGCUCCCGAGCCACCGGUCGAUGCGCCGGCCGAGGAAGACAAGACCCCCGAAGGUGAUAACUCCCAGCCACAACCCGAAGAACCUGUGGCUGAAAAGAGCAUGGAGGAGGCCACUAGCACCGAGGUGGCACAGCCUGCCGAGGAGGAGAGGGCACCAGCUCCCGAAGCUGAAGCUAAAGCUGAAGCUGAGGCCGAGGCCGAGGCCGAGAAAGCUCCCGAGGACGACUCUGUCGCAGAGACGGCCGCACCAGAAGAGGCUCCCGAGCCCGCGCCCACGGAAAUUGACAAAGAGGAGGCCGCCGAGAGCGCAGCUGUUCCCGAGGACAGCCAAGUGAGCGCCCCGGUUGAUAGCGGGGAAGCUUCUGCUGAAGCCCAAGAUGCCGCUGCCGACGACGAGAAGCAUGAUGCGGUCGAGGUCAGGGGCCUGGCUGUAGAGACCCCAGAAACAGCGCCUGUCGAAGAGGCUUCUGCUACCGAGGAGCCUGCUACCGAAGAGCCAGCAACAGAGGUGCCCGCGGCAGCUAUGGAGCCUGCGACGGCAGAUCAAGGCGAUGAUACCCCUCCACCGGAAGAGCCUGCGAAUGUCCCUUCCACCGAAGAAGCUCUCAUUGCCGAGGAUGCUCCCGCCGCCGAAGAGCUAGAAACAGAGCAGCCUGCUGUGGACGAGACUCCGGUUGAAGAUACUCCGGCGGAGGACAAAGAGAUUCCCGAGGAUGCGGCUGUGAAGGAAGACACCGUUGCGGAUGAGGCGCCUGCUGUUCAAGAGACACCUGCUGCUGAAGAAGCCCCCACUAUCGUGAAUGCUCCCGCAGAAGACACUCCCGCCUCAUCAGAAGAGCCCGCCGAAGAGCCAACUACCGAAGAGCCAUCUACCGAAGAGCCGGCCAUAGAGGACCCUGCAGUGGAAGAGACCCCCGCUGAAGACGCUCCGGCUGAGGACAAGAAAGCUCCCAAAGAUGCGGCUGGGGAGGAAGACACUGUUGUCGCCGAAGAGUCAGCAGCAGAAGCUGCUUCAACUGAGGAGGCUCCGAUAGAUGAAGCACCGACGGAAGCAACUCCGGCGGAAGAAACCCAGGCAGAGGAAGCCUCAGUAGAAGAAGUUCCGAUAGAGGAAGUACCGGCAGAAGAAUCUCUGAGGGAAGAGGCUGCAGCUACUAAGGAUCUGGCAGCUGAGGAGCCUCCUGCGGAUGAUCUACCUCAAGAUGAUGCACCCGCUCCCGAGAAGGCUUCAACAGAGGUUAUCCCAACCGCAGAAGCAACCUCAGAGAUACCAGCUGCCGACGAGGAGGCGCCGGCCGUAGAGGCUUCAGCCGAGGAACCUUCAAAGGAAGAUGUUGCCGUUGACGAGGCCCCCUCCGAAGAGUUUCCCAAUGAGGAAGUCUCCGAUGUAGCCCAAGCAGCGCCGGACGCCCCGGAAGAUGAUGCCUCCAAGGAAGUGCCUGUCGCCCAGGAUGCACCCGCCGAAGAGUCAAUCGCUGAGGAAGCUGCGCCAGGUGCCGAACCGGAGGACUCCGCCCCAGCGGAGGAACCUGCGGCAACUGAGGCUGAUGUUCCCAGCCAAGACGACGCGUCUGCUGAGCCCGUUAAACCCAUCGAGGAAGCGGACAAGAGCCCUGAGGAGGAGAUAACACCUGCUGAAGCUGCUUCUUACGAGCCAGCACCUGACGCAAGUGAAGAUGCGGCUGACCCAGAAGAAGUCGUGGCAAAGGAUGCCCCAGUUGACGAAGCCACGCCUGAACCGAGCCCAGAGAGUGCGGAAGAUGAUACCCCGAAGCAAGCAGGCGAAGAGGCUGAAGAUACGGGUGCCGACGAGGUUUCUGGGGAAAGGUCGGUCCCCGAGUUCUCGAUGAAGGCUGUGGAGGAUGACUCGGUCUCAGAGGAGGCUCCGGUUCCAGACAGCAGCGACCCCGUCGAAGAGGAAGCUGCACCCGAGGUGGACCAGGCCGAGGAAGAUGCGUCUCCGGAGGUCGAUUCUAAGGCUGUCGAUGCAGAGCCAAGUCAAGAAGAGCCCACAUCUCAGAAGGAGGAUGCGCCGCCUCAAGCUGAGAAGGCGACUUCUGAUGAAGACCCUGCUGCCGAGGAGCCAGCUCAAGAUGAAGCAAUCUCACCAGAGGAUGCUGAUCCUGUGGAAGCUGCGACAAUAGCAGCAGAAGAUGCAGCGGCCGAAACUGCAGAGUCGAGCGAGGAAUCACCCAAGGAUGCCCCUGUGACUGAGGACGUGAAGGACCCGGAAACUUCUCCAGAUGCAGCAAUUGCAGAAGAAGAAGCUCCUGCUCAGGAUGAGGCCGCUCCUGCAGACAUCGAAGCACCGGAUACUACCCCUGCUGCUAAAGACGAGACUUCCACCACUGAGAAGUCUGCCCUUGAAGAUGAGGUGCCGGCGGCGGAUGACGCUCCUAGCCACGAGGAAGGCCCUCACCCAGAGGAGAUUGAGUCUGAGCAGACACCAACUAUAGAGGAGACUCCUGCCGAUGAGGCUUCAACUGAAGCAACCCCCGUCGAAGAAGCGAUUUCAGCAGAAGACAAGCCCGAGCCAGAUGCUGAUGCGCCUGCUCCAGAGCAAGUUGCCGACGAGGCGGCGGCCGAUGCAACGACUGUUGAACCGGCUGUUGAUGAGCAAGUUGCCGAAAAGGACCCUGUUGAGGCAGCUGCCGUGGACGACUCCGAGAUCGCAAAGGAUGCAGCUCCCAGCGAGGCAGCGGAUGAGCCUACUGAUUCAGACCGAGCUGUGCCCGAGGCAGCUUCAGAUGAAGACCAGCCACCCGCCGAGUCUGAAGAGCCUACAAUUCAAGACACAACAGCUGGUCACGAUGAAGCCGCAGUUGAGGAAGAUGGGGAAACCGCCCGCGCCUCUCCGAAAGACGAACCUAAAAAGGAGAGUGUCACAGACGAAGAGGAGGCACCUGCUGAAGAGCCAAGCAUCGAAGCACCAGCCACUGGAGAGGUCGAGGUCCAGCAUGCCAGCGAGGAUCAAGCCCAAGAAGCAAUUGCCCCUGUCACGGAUGCCGAUACAGUAGCAGCCAAGGAAAUUGACGAACCUGUGGCUUCUCCCGAGGAAGAUGCUGUUCGCGCUCAGCCCAACCCUGAAGAGACACAAGCCGAAGUCAGUGAUGCACCCCCGACAGCCCACGAGGAGGACGAGCCUGAUCCAACCACUGCCAGCAAAGAUCUUGACAAUGGAGAUUCCGAACACCGGGACGCUUCAGAUCCGCCAGAAGAACAACUCGCUAGUAGUGUCAUUGACGCAGCUGAGGACGAUUCCACUGAUGGGCCUACUGACGCCACCGCCGACGCCCCUGCCGACUCUGACUUGACGGAAGCUGUUGCUGCUGAUGGAGUGGAGGCGCAAGGUGCUGAGUCUGAGGGUCACGUCGAGGAUGAGAAGGUCGAGGCUCACUCGACUGCAGUCGAGCAUGGCGCAGAGGAAGACGCUUCUGCAGCUCCUGCAGCGCUUGCAGAUGAGUCUGUCGCCAUCGAAGCAGAUGAGUCUGAUGGCGAUGCCCAUGCCGAUACUGAAAAACCCCAGCUCUCUGCUGUCGAUGCUGACAAGGAGGAAUCCGACCAUGCCGAAGAUAAUGUUCCAUUGGCGGAGGGGGCAGCUCCCCAGGCGAAUAGCCGCGAACUUGAUGAAGAAGAGGCAAAGACAACAGCAGAUGAUGAGGCGCCUACCGCAGACGUAUCGGAUCAUCCUGAGUCUGUGGAAGAUACCCCGGCCAUUUCGGGAGAUCUCAAACAAGAUGAGCAAGACAAGGAUCUUGAGGAUUUGCAAGUUGUCGACAGCCAGGCAGAUGUCGCUCGGGAGACACUCGCUCAUAGAGAUGGAGAUGAAGUAGACAUUCACGAGCGCAGCGUUUCUCUCGAGGAGCCCGAAUCCCCGCCGGCCGAGGUCCUUAAUGUCAGCCAAUUCGAAGGUCACCAGAGACAAAACGACGACGAUCACGACUAUGAUGCGGCAAUGGAGUCUUCACCUGGUCACGAAGUCGACGUUGAAAACGAUGCUACUCAGCAUGACUCCGAUCAUGGCGAAUUCGAAGUUGUCGAGGCGCCUCACGAUGAGGCUGAUCAGUCUCGUGGACCCGACCUUUCGGUGAUCACGGAGCACACUGAGCCUGCUGCAUCCGCAGCCGGCGACACCUCUGGUCUAGCUGCAAAGGCCGACGAAGAUGUUGAUCCCGAGCCUCUCAGCCGGAAUGUCCCUGAAGCCCCGGACGCAGCCAUUGAGAGUUCUUACAUGACUGAGCCCACGGGCAUGGCUACGGACGACAGCCAAGUGCAGGAUCAACAACAAGAGAGCUUCACGCCCAGUGCUACCUUUUACGAUGGUCACUUUGGAGUCAGACAGGUUCAUUUCAAUGAGGAGGAAGAUGACGAAGACUCCUCGCCAGUUCUCAGUGUAAGAGACGAAGACAGCGAUGCCGAUGAGCCUGCAGAGACCUCGUACAACCCGUUCACCAGGGCCAGAGCCGGUUCCACAGCACAUGCGCAGCCGACGUUCCAUUCGCAAGACAUACCGUACAAUCCUUUCGCAUUGCAGACGGUCGUUGAGGAAGAGCCACCCCGGGAGACAACCAACCCGUUCGCGAGGAGCCCAAGCAGAGAGCCUCAAGAGGACUUGACCAACCCGUUUGCACGCAGCACUCCCAGUGGUGCAGAUUUCCUCCGGUCCGCCAGCGCUCUAAGCAACCAUCAGCCUUCUUCUCCCGAAGAGACAUUCGCUAGGUCUCCUAGUGCUCAAGGGCUCCGCCGUGAAAGCGUGAGCUCCAACAACCCGUUCGCUAGAAGCACGACUCCUGUCGACCGGAGCUAUUCACCAGCCUUGAGCACUCCUGGUAGACAACACGCGCCAAGCAACCCGUUCGCUCGGAGCACGACGCCGCAGCAGAGCUAUCCACCGGCAGAAGACAGCGAUUCCGAAGAUGAGGAGGCCAUGAUGGCGGCAGAGUCCACAUACAAGAACUUGUUCCCCGUGAAUCAAUCGCCCGAGGUUGCCAAUGACGACUUCGCGUCUGCCGCUCAGUCGAUCGAACGCCGCCAGCCCACGCCACAGGUCCCGGAGUCGAUGUACAACAAUCCCUUUGCUCGAAGCACUGCGUCUGAUCAGAGCUUCCUGCCCACCGCGAGCACUUUGAGGCAAGCUCAGCCUGAUGCCUCUUACAACCCAUUCGGGGCCAGGAGUAGCACUGUCGGUGGUGACGUUGAUGAGUCCAUGUUCGACCAAGGCUAUCCUUCCGCCACUGGAGGGCACGACGUCGUGGGUGAAGGGAUGAUGGAUCCUUCCCAGCAGUUUGUCCAAGAGAACAGCCCUUUGUCGGCCAGGCACCUUGCUCCAGCCACUCUGGAUAGCAUCCAAGAGCGAUACAACAGUGAACUAGAGGAUAUGGAUUCCGACUCUGAGGAACCAGAGAGUCUUAGCACCUCCCAGCAGUUGCCAACUUCGCAACAGAGAGCUCCUCCUCCUCUACCAAGCAUUGCAGAGCGUUCCCGUCAAGGGUUCGACGACUCUUCUGAAGAAGAGGAGGACUGGGAUGCUCGUGCUCAUCAGCCCAGCCAGAUCAAUACCUUGUUGACAUCUUCCCCGUACAGAUCAAGUCCCCCUCCCCCUCCCCCUCCGCGCGUCUCUAGCUCACAGGGCCACUAUGCGCAAAAAGUUGAAGACUCAUCUGAGGACGACGGCGACAUCUUCCACGCGCAAUCUCCAGCACGGCUGAAUCCCCUCUCAUCAUCGCAGUACAGGGCAACCCCGCCUCCUCCUCCACCACCGCGCGCGCCAAGUUCACAGGGUCACUACGCUCAGCAACAACUAGAAGACUCAUCUGAAGAGGAGCAAGCUGACUGGGAUGACGCCUUCGAGCCCGCGCAGCCCAGCACAUUCCCGACCACGCAGUUCGGAUCUACUCCCCCGCGCCCACCUCCGAUUCCACCACCCCGUGCCCCCAGUUCCCUGUCACAAAGCCGCUACAACGUUGAGGAUUCAGACGAGGAAGAUCAAGGUGUCCUACCCUCUGCCGCUACUCAGUCCAAUCUUCUUCCCAGUGCGCUGUCACCAUCUGGUUAUCGGGCGACUCCGCCGCCACCACCACCGCCGCGUGCCCCUAGCUCUCAAGGCUUCUAUCAUCAAGAGCAAGCGGACUCAAGUGAGGACGAACACCCCUUCAGCCACGACAUUGCUCGACCUGGUCAGUUCCCCAUUUCAUCAUCAUCUCAGUUCAGGGCUACUCCGCCCCCACCCCCGCCUCCGCGGGUAUCAAGCUCGCAAGGUCAAUACCGCCAGGAGAUUGAGGAGGAUUCCAGUGACGAACAGAGCGAGGAUGCUUGGGAUUCGAAUGCCGCUCGGCCCGGUCAGAUACCAAAUCUAUCGACGUCGCAGUUCAGGGCGACCCCGCCGCCACCUCCGCCUCCGCGCACAUCCAGCGCACUGGGUCGUUACCGUCAAGAACUCGAAGACUCCGACAGCGAGGAGAACGAGGAGGCAUGGGAAGCUAAUCGAUAUGGCCAGACAACGAGCAUGAUGGGAGCAAGCAACCUGAUGGGGACCAACCAGAUGGGAGUCGACCCGACGAGAUCAGCAAGCCCGCUAGGCGCGAGUCCGAUGAGAGCCGCCAGCCCACUGCAAGCGACAAGCCCGAUGGCGACCAACCCGAUGCGGGCGUCCAGUCCCUUGGCAUCAACAAGUCCGUUAGGGUCAGCCAGCCCGAUGGCACGGAGCAACCCGAUGGAGUCAGCAUUCAGGGACUCGGUACCGGCAACAAGCAGUCAGGGCCUACAAAGUCAUCCAAGAGAAGAAGGAGGGGAAGAAAGCGAUGAUUCAUGGGAAAAUAUUGGGAAGCGCGGCGGUGAUGAGAUCAGUCCAGUCGACGAGAAGUUCACCACCGCCAUGCCGACACCACAGCUGCGCGUCGAUAGCUACGAGCAGGAGUGGCCGAACGCGAGCAACGACCAGAUUUCCACGGCGUCGACAUACCUCCAGCCAGCAGGACCAGGUGACUUUACAGAUUCUGACUCACAAGAGUACGCCACUCCGUUGGCAUCGGCCGGGUUCAGCGCGUCUUCGCAGUAUACGCAAGGGGCCAUGGACUCGCCCCGUCACCCGGAUUCAAUCGGCAACAAGGAUAUCUACGACCAGACAUACAACCGAGGAGGAGCGAGCUCUCCAUAUGCUCAGGCUCACGAGACUUCACUCGCCGACGAGCUUGCUCAAGAUGACGACUCGGACGAUGACAGCGAGUAUAACCACUCGGAAGCUCCGGCCUUCCUCACCCAGAUCGGCACUGCGCAACAAGUGCAGCAGCAGCAGCAGCAAUCGUCAAACGAACCUGUAUUGACCCAAGUCAUCGAUUCGUUCGACAGCGAUGAAGAUGAUGGCCCAAAGACUGCGGUCAUGCAGCCGGCUGAGCACCCCACACAAUAUGCCUCUUCCCGUUUUGGAGCUUCAACUUGGCGGGAUGAGCUUCGCUCGCCCACCAUGUUCGGUGCUACAAGGCACAGCCGGUCUGGGUCUCUAUUGAGGGAGGAAGUGCAGAAAUCACUUCACCAAGAAGCCACCGCUGGUUACUCAUCUCCUCUGCGGUCUGCUUACGAGCCUGAUACCCAGGUUGAAGGUUCUUACGGCGGGCAACAAGCUCAGGUGCAUGGCCAGGAUGUCUAUGGACAACAGUCAGCCGAGUAUCACGCGCAAGAUGACCUUGCCCAGCAGCAAUACGGUCAAGCCCAGUUUGAUCAAGACCAAUUCAAGGCCCAGCCCUAUGGACAAACACAACUCCAGCCACAAUACGGACAAACAACUUCGUGGCAGCCCGAGGUGCAGGUAUCCGAGGAACAGGCGGAAGAGGAACAUGAGCAGACAACUCCGCAGUUGGCACCACAGCAAAGUGAGCAAGCACCGGACAUCAGCCCCUUAGCGUUGCGUCAGGAUGAGUCACCAGCGACGCCCUUGUCGUCGCAGGGGACACCCUCUCGUGGACUCGCGUUCAGCAGGCACAAUCCUGACCGGCCGCAGACACCGCCCACUAUGCAAGCCGAAGGGGAUUUUGAUCCCGAGCUCAUGGUCCCCCGCGAUGUGACCAACGUUCCCUGGCACGCUCGCAACGAUUCCGUCCCUCACUCGAUGCGAAGCCAGAGCACUCUCGACUCCGUUGCGUCAUCGCCGAUUCAUUCGGCCUUGCACGCUGACAAGCACGAGCCGGUGAUUCGGGACUCGUGGCCGGCUUCCGUUCAUCACUUGACGAGACCGCGCAAUGACUCGUCGGUGACUGAUCGUGAAGAGUAUGAUCCUUUCAGAGAUAGUGAGGAGGCUGCAAAGGCAGCUCGCGGACCAUCUGGCUCCGUGGGCUCCAGUUCAGAUAGCCCUCCGCGGAACGCGGCGGCCACGAACAACAACUCACCUGGAAGCCUUAUCAGCAGGAUGCGCGGCAUCUUUGAGAACAACCAAGCUAAGCAAGAGCCGGCCAGUCCAGUCCGAUCACGGCCGGUGUCGGGUGUUUUUCACCCGGUCCGGCGCAGCAAGCCCAGCGGCGGCGGCGACGACUUCGAGGACCGCGGAUAUGAACGCAAAGCAGGGUUUCUCAACGAAGCCGAAGACGAGGUUGACGAGCAGAGCGCACUCCUACGAAGCUCUGCUGGCGGGUUGGAGGCAAAUUGACCACGCUCGGGCGGAGCGGGGCUCAGAGUCGUGAGGGUGAAGCGGGACGCCGAGUACGAUGAGUGGGAAGAGAACGUGGACAUGGAAGAGCCGGGGGACCGGCAUCGUCCGAAGCGCUGCAAGUAUCGCAGAGACCCGAGCGGCUUGCGGGUGCCGGUCCCUU